GACUAUAAAUUCGGCGGCGUUACCCUCGCAAGAAUCUAUUCGGCAUUCGCAAUCGGCAUUACCCUCUUCAUUCUCGCCGUUCUCGCCCGCCAUGGGUUCCGGUGAGGAAAAGCAGCCUUUUAUCGACCACGACGACGAUGACCCGGAGGAUCCUCCGGUUAAGCAGAUGGGAGAUGAAGCCCUUAAGCGGCGGACUGAGUCGGAGAUAGAAGAAUUGGAUAAGGAUGCGAAGAGCCCACCAAAGAUUGUGACAAAGAUAUGCUCUGAGACUCCUGGGUCCCCUGACACUCCUGACACCCUCCCUGACUCUGAUUCCGAAUUUCUUCUGAAAAUCUACGAGAAGAAAAUACAAUGUUUGAAAUCCCACCAUGAAGCUCUGAUUGACAGGUCAGACGGUAUUUCCAACUCACUUCAAAACACUAUGGGCCAGUUGCUUACAACUGCGACUUCCCUGUCUAUGAUGGAGCCUUUUCUUGAUAAAGUAUUGAACCGUAGAGUGAGUGGGAGGGUGUCCUCAUCCAUCUCCUUCCUGAUGUGCUUUCAAUGUUUCCUGGGGAUUUUCAUUGGGAUAUUGAAAAUGAUUGAAGUUUACAGAGAAAUAUCCAAACUUGUAAAGAGAAGAGCCAAGAUUGUAUCAGAUUAUUCAAACUUUUAUGAAUUUGCUCCUAAGGACGCCGAAGAUAUAAAGGCAUGUUCUAGCGGCUCUGAUUCUGAUCUUUCAAAGAAGACGAGGCGUGCAGCUGAAGAUUUUGUAUCUAGGAAGAAGAGAGCAGCUUCAGGUUCUGUUUCUGGGGUUCCGAAGAAGAAGAUGAAGGUGAAUGAUGCUGCGUUGGGUUCUGGUAUCCUUGGUCAUUUGGAUCCAACCCAGAGGCUCAGUGAAGCACGGGAAGACCUGGAUGGAAUCCAGAACCUGUCAAUUUUGUACUGCCUGCAUUUUGCUUUAACCUGCUUGUUUGGGUUCUUGCAAAUCCUCAAAUUGACGUUUUCUCCAUUCAGUAACAAGUAGGUAGAGACAUAUCCAAGGUGCAGUCGGAGGUCAUGAAAGGGAGUGCAUUUGGUGGAGAGGAGAGGAAGAUGAUAUGCCGGGUUGAGAACUUCAUGGCCUAAGCAAAUGUGUUUUUGAGAUGAUGACUAUUAAAAAUUACACUGUAUGUAUGUAUGUGAUUCUAUGGGCCCUUUGUUUUUUUUUCCUCCUUCUUCUAUGAAUAUGUAGGCAUCUAGAGUGCACACUGUAUGCUGUGUUGUAUGUUGGAUUAUGGGCAAGCAUCAACAUGUGUUUUUCGAUGGGUUCCUACUAUCAAGAUUUUGCUCAUAUGUUGAAAACGUGUUCUAUAUAUACUUGGUUUCAAUAAUUUACUUCUUCUCUACUUCAUGUUUAUAAAUGUCUAUAACAUUCUACAUGUUGUCUUUUUCACAUGUUUUUAAUAUAACGUGUGUUUCCAUACAUUUUCUUAUUUUAAACAUUGCACAUGGAGAACCCAUUAUCUUACUUUCUCUUCAACUACGUACAGUAUGCAGCUGCCGGUGUAUUAUUUCUGCUGCUGAUUUUCUUCGUCGACCAGAAACAGAAUGAAAACACAGAAAGGUU